GUUAGUUCUAGCCCCUGCCAUAUUGCCUGGGUCCCCCAAAGAUCUUCCUCUUUCUCGUGGCUCCGCCAUCUUGGAUCAGUCUGAAUGCUGUAAAUUUGAGCCCGAAGCAUGCAGAUUUUCGUUAAAACUUUAACGGGUAAAACCAUCACCCUCGAGGUUGAACCCAGUGAUACCAUCGAGAAUGUAAAGACUAAAAUUCAAGAUAAGGAAGGUAUUCCUCCUGACCAGCAGCGUUUGAUCUUCGCUGGCAAACAGCUUGAAGAUGGCCGCACCCUUAGCGACUACAACAUYCAAAAGGAGUCCACCCUCCACCUUGUGCUGAGGCUUAGGGGAGGAGCCAAGAAGCGUAAGAAGAAGAAUUACACCACCCCCAAGAAGAUCAAACACAAGAAGAAGAAGGUCAAGCUGGCUGUUCUUAAAUACUACAAAGUUGAUGAGAAUGGCAAGAUAACCCGUCUGCGUAGAGAAUGCCCAUCAGAGUCUUGCGGUGCUGGUGUUUUCAUGGCCAGUCAUUUUGACAGGCAGUAUUGUGGCAAAUGUUGUCUAACUUAUGUCUUCAAUAAGCCUCAAGAGGAAAAAUAGAUGGAAUAAAUAAAUCUUCCUAAUAUGCA